AUGUCCACGAUCACGUCUUUGACGCCGAACCAGGUCAGCGAUGAGCUGAACAAGAUGCAGGCCUUUAUCAAGAAGGAGGCGGAAGAGAAGGCGAAGGAGAUCCAGUUGAAGGCGGACCAGGAGUACGAAAUAGAAAAGUCGAGCCUGGUGCGCAGCGAGACCAGCAACAUAGACGCCGUGACCGCGGACAAGCGCAAGAAGGCGUCGCUGCAGCAGCAGAUCGUGAUGUCCAGCAUCUCGAACAAGAUGAGACUGCGGGCGCUGUCAACGCGCGAAGAGGUGCUGCAGGAGAUAUUCGAGGCUGCGCGCGAGAAACUGCGCGACAUCCCGGCGAACGAGGCGCGCUACCGCCCUGUGCUGCGCGAGUUGGCCGUGGAGGCUCUGCUGCGGCUGCUCGAGCCGGAGGCUACCGUGCGUGUGCGCGCGGCGGACGCCGAGCUGCUGCGCUCGCUACAGCAGGAGAUCGUCGAGCGCUACAAGCAAGAGUCUGGCCGGGAUGUUGUGCUCUCAAUCUCGCCGGAGCACUUGGGCAAGGAUAUCGCGGGCGGUGUCGUGGUGACCGACGCUACCGGGCGGAUUGUGGUCAACAACACGCUGGAGGAGCGCCUGAAGCUCUUGGACACUAGCGCUCUACCGAAGAUCCGCCUGGAGCUCUUCGGGCCUUCCAAGUCGCGCAAGUUCUUCGACUGA